GUGAGCUGGCGUGCGGCGCACGGGCUGAGGAGCCGGCGCGGGGAGUUUGGACCGCGGUUCCUCCAACUCCGAGCCUGAGGGAGAGGAUCAUGGCUGCUGUUCCUCAAAAUAACCUACAGGAGCAACUGGAGCGUCAUUCAGCCAGAAAACUUAACAACAAAUUGAAUCUUUCAAAACCAAAACCUUCUUGUAUUGAUGAUGGCCCCAGUUCCGAAGAGCUUACCAAUGAAGACACUCAGAAUAGCCACUCUUCAAAAACUCAUUUGGGAGAGGAAAGAGAUAAUAGUGAAAAGGAAAAACACUUGGAAGAAACUGAAUUCCAUUCACUGGAGAAAUCUCCAUGUGUUCAACUUGAUGAAGAUGAUUAUGAUAUCGAUUUUAUUCCACCUUCUCCAGAAGAAAUAACGACAUCUGCCUCUUCUUCCUCUCUAAAAUGCUUUAGGGCCAAAGGUAGACAGGUAAGUUUGCAGCAGCAGCUUAUUCAGGUGAUGGACCGCAUUUGUAACUUAGUGGAUGCGAUUCCCGAUGAUGAGCUGAAAGCUUUGGAUUGUGGGGACGAUCUGCUUCAGCAGCGGAACAGAAGAAGGAAACUCCUGGCCGAAGCAGAUUUUAACCCAAGUGAUGCCAGUGUCCUCGGCUCAAUGUGGAGGUGCAGGCCUGAUGCCCUUGGUGACCCCAUGGAGGACAUGGCAUCUGUUUCCUUGCCGUAUGCGUUUUCAAAGGGCGAUUCCUGCCCUACAGGGAGUUCUGAUGAGUUACAUUUUCCGCCCAUUCCCUCAAAUUCCAUUUCUUCUGGUGGAUGUUUGGUGACUCCCCCAGGAAAGACAGGGUUCUCGGUCACCAAGAAGAACUUUGAACGACCAUUAUUCAAUUCCCAUUUACAGAAGUCCUUUGUGAGUAGCAACUGGGCUGAAACACCAAGAACAGAAAAAAGAAGUGAACGCUCUCAUUUUCCAGGAAGUGUUCUUACAAGCACUGCUGUGAAAGAUCAGAAUAAACACACUGCUUCAACAGAUGACUUAGAAAGGGAAAUCCAGGCCUCCUGUGAGAUUGAUAAUUUUGACAUAGAUGACUUAGAUGAUGAUGACGAGUGGGAAAAUAUAAUGCAUGGCUUAGCAACGAACAAGUCUUCCACAGCUGCCUAUCCACCUAUUAAGGAAGGUCGGCCCGUUAAAUCAGUAUCAAAAAGAAUUUCUCCAACCAAGACAGACUGCCUCCCUGUGACACCUACUGCUCAAAAUAAAAACUUCUCAGGGUCAAUUCAAAAAUAUUUUCCUCAUACAAAAGAAAUGAUGAAGAUUUUUCAUAAAAAAUUUGGUCUCCAUCAUUUUCGAACUAAUCAGCUAGAGGCGAUCAAUGCUGCACUGCUUGGUGAAGACUGUUUUAUCUUAAUGCCCACUGGAGGUGGUAAAAGCCUGUGUUACCAGCUCCCUGCCUGUGUUUCUCCUGGGGUCACGAUUGUCAUUUCUCCCUUGAGGUCACUUAUCGUAGAUCAAGUCCAAAAGCUGACUUCAUUGGAUAUUCCAGCUACAUAUCUGACAGGUGAUAAGACCGACUCAGAAGCUACAAGUAUUUACCUCCAGUUAUCAAAAAAAGACCCAAUUAUAAAACUUCUGUAUGUUACUCCAGAGAAGGUCUGUGCAAGUAACAGGCUGAUUUCUACCCUGGAGAAUCUGUAUGAGAGGAAGCUCUUGGCAAGGUUUGUUAUUGAUGAAGCACAUUGUGUCAGUCAGUGGGGACAUGAUUUUCGUCAGGAUUACAAAAGAAUGAAUAUGCUUCGCCAGAAGUUUCCCUCUGUUCCAGUGAUGGCUCUCACCGCCACCGCUAACCCCAGGGUGCAGAAGGACAUCCUCACUCAGCUGAAGAUUCUCAGGCCUCAAGUGUUUACCAUGAGCUUUAACAGACAUAAUCUGAAAUACUAUGUGCUACCAAAGAAGCCUAAAAAGGUCGCAUUUGAUUGCUUAGAAUGGAUCAGGAAGCAUCACCCACAUGAUUCCGGGAUAAUUUACUGCCUCUCCAGGCGAGAAUGUGACACGAUGGCUGACACCUUACAGAAGAAUGGUCUCCCUGCUCUUGCUUAUCAUGCUGGCCUCAGUGAUUCUGCCAGAGACGAAGUGCAGCACAAGUGGAUCAACCAGGAUGGCUGCCAGGUUAUCUGUGCAACAAUUGCAUUUGGAAUGGGGAUCGACAAACCCGACGUGCGAUUUGUGAUCCACGCGUCUCUCCCUAAAUCCGUGGAGGGUUACUACCAAGAAUCUGGCCGAGCUGGAAGAGACGGGGAGAUAUCUCACUGCCUGCUUUUCUAUACCUAUUAUGAUGUGACCAGACUGAAGAGACUUAUACUGAUGGAAAAAGAUGGAAACCAUCAUACAAGAGAAACUCAUUUUAAUAAUUUGUAUAGUAUGGUGCAUUACUGUGAAAAUAUAACAGAAUGCAGGCGGAUACAGCUUUUGGCUUACUUUGGUGAAAUUGGAUUUAAUCCUGAUUUUUGUAAGAAACACCCAGAAGUUUCUUGCGAUAAUUGCUGUCAGUCAAAGGAUUAUAAGACACGAGAUGUGACUGGCGAUGUGAAAAAUAUUGUAAGAUUUGUGCAAGAACACAGUUCAUCACAAGGAAUGGGAAAUAGGAACCAUGGGGGUCCUUGUGGGAGGUUCACCAUGAAUAUGCUGGUUGACAUUUUCUUGGGGAGUAAGAGUGCAAAAAUUCAGUCGGGGAUAUUUGGAAAGGGGUCUACAUAUUCACGACACAAUGCUGAGAGACUUUUUAAAAAGCUGAUACUCGACAAGAUCUUGGAUGAAGACUUAUUUAUCAAUGCCAAUGACCAACCCAUUGCCUAUGUGAUGCUCGGAAGUAAAGCGCAAGCGUUACUAAAUGGGCAUUUAAAGGUAGACUUUAUGGAGACGGAAAAUUCCAGCCGUAUCAAAAAACAAAAAGCCUUAGUGACGAAGGUUUCCCAGAGGGAAGAGGUUGUUAAGAAAUGUCUUGGAGAACUUACGGAAGUGUGCAAAUCCCUGGGGAAAGUUUUUGGUGUCCAUUACUUCAAUAUCUUCAACACUGUCACUCUCAAGAAGCUUGCAGAGUCGUUAUCUUCUGAUCCUGAGGUUUUGCUUCAAAUUGAUGGUGUUACUGAAGAUAAACUGGAAAAAUACGGUGCCGAAGUGAUUCCAAUAUUACAGAAAUACUCCGAGUGGACGCUGCCAGUUGAGGACAGCUCCCCACAGAUGAGCCCAUCCAGCAGCAGAAGCGCUAGGAAUGGCUCGGAGGAGUGCGAUGAGGAAACACCUAUAUCCUCUCACUACUUUGCAAAUAAAACCAAAAAUGAAAGAAAACGGAAAAGGAUGCCAGCCUGCCAAAGGUCUAAAAGGAGAAGAACUGGUGGUGAUUUCAAGACAAAAGGGAGAUCCACCACGUGCAGAAGGAUAUCUCCUAAAACUAAAUCCUCCAGCAUCCCCGGGCCAACAUCAACUGCACGUGGUUCUCAGGCGGCAGCAGCAGUCAGUAGAAAAUUGGGGAUUAUGGCUCCACCGAAGCCCGUGAACAGACCGUUCCUCAGGCCGACAUACGCAUUUUCCUAACAACCGAAUCUCAAUGCACAGCGAUCUUGUUUCUUGUUUGUCAGCAUCUGACCAUCUGUGAAUAUAAAGCUGUUACUUUUGUUAUGCCGUUUGUAAUUUUUACCCGUAUCUAUUAAUGCUUAAAUAAAUGCUUGGGGUGACA